AUGGCUUAGAACCAAAUAGUAGGAGCAAUUAAAAUAAAGGAUGGAUUAUUUAUUGGAGAUGAAUUUGCAUCAUAGGUUUAGUAUUCGAUUUAAAAAAGGAUCGAGAAUUUAUAAUUACAAAUAAAGUAACUCAUAUAAUAAAUUGCGCUGGUACAGAAGUUCAAAAUAAAUGGACAUUGAUGGGUGCAAAGUAUUUAACUUUUAAUUGGUUGGAACAAGAUAACGAAGUAUCAAUUUAUAUUUUUAUUUUUAGGUCUUGUUUGAUGAACGAGGUGAAAAUGUAAAUAAAAUAUUUACAUUCAUUGAAGAAUGUUUUCAAUAAGGUGAGAGUUGUUUGGUACAUUCAGUUAGAGGAUAGAGUAGAGCUUGUUGUGUACUUGCAGCUUAUUUUAUGAAAAAGUUCGUUAAAUUAUUUAAAUUUAUUAGAUAUUCAUGGACAUUGUAUAAAACACUUGAAUAUUUAAAUUCCAGACGUCCAGAUCUUGAAAUUAGAGCAUCUUUUUUUUAUCAACUAAACGCAUUGGAAAACAGGAUGAAUAAAUCAGGACCUAAAAGAACUGCAUCAUGGAAUGAACUUACAUCAGAUGAAUCAAAUCCAUAACAUGUUCAAGAAGAGUUAAUCAUUAGAAAUACUUUUUUAAAUUCUCAUAAUGGACCUGUUGAUGAAAUUUAUACUAAUUUAUAAGCAAAAUAGGUUAGAAAUAUUAAUCAAUUUUAGGGAGUCCUUGGAAAACCAACAAACUAAAAGUUAAAAUGGAAAGAUUAAAUGAAUAAAGAAAAUAUCUAAUUAGCUACACUUGUUUAUUCAGGUUCUCCUGAUUUUGUACCUGUUUCAGAAAUCAAUUUAAAACGAGAUUCAGAUACUUCUAUUCUAAAAGUAAUAUUUAAAUUUAAUUAGGGAGCAUAAAAAAGUCAAUCCUUGAUCUAAUUGCCUAAACAACCCUAAAUAUAAUCAAAUUUCCCUAAAAGUACUUAAAAUACAACAUAAGUAAGAUCUGAAAGUAGCAAAUCAUAACAAUAACAAUAAGAUUAAAAUGAAAUCACAUCUAAUUCUAAUAUAACCUCUGCUAAUCUAACUAGCAAUCCUUCAUUUUAAAAUUUAUUAAUGCACUGUGCAGUUAAAAGUAGAACACCACAAUAAUAAUAAUCAUAAUAGCAAUCUAAUUUACAAUAAUUCUAAUAACAAUAAUAAAACUUAGUUGAACAAAAUAAUAAAAAACCUUAAUUGAUUAAUAAUUUUGUUAAAACUUCAGAAAAUCAAACAGAAUUACAAUAAUAAACUUAAAUAGGAACAAUAUUAAAUACUAAUAAUCAAAUUCUGUAGAAUACUUCUAAUCCAAUAAGAAGCAAUUCUUUACAGUAAAAUGAAGAAAAAAAGAUAUCUACUGCUGAAGGCUUAAAUCAUUAGAGACCAAGUUCAUUAAAAUAAAAAGACAACUAAAAUUCCAUUUUAACAAAUUUUUAAGAAUUUAAAAACUAAGUUUAAUAAUCAUUAAAUUAUUUUAAUAAACAAACUGAAGCACUUUUAAAUUUUGAUAAAUAAUCCUAAUAAUCACAAGCAACUUAAAUAACAAAUUAAUCAAAUAAUACAAACUAAUAAAAAAAUAAAUUAGAUUAAUUAAUUAGUCCAACAUUAAUAUAAACUAUGAAUUCUACAAAACAUUCAGAAAUACAAAAAACUCUCACAUAAUCCAUUUCUUAAUUAUAGUCUAGUUAUUAAAAAUUUUAGCAACUUUAGUAAAAAACUUAAAUGAAAUAAUCUUAAUCUCAAUCUUGCAUUUAAAAAUAAAACAUUUAAAAUUAAGAAUUAUCUUAAAUUAAUUAACCUUCAAUGGUAACUUAAGUAAAUCUAUAAGAUAGAAGUUCAUCUUUAAAUAAGACUUUGGAAACUACAGAAUAAAAACUCAGGCCUAAUAGUACUGAAAUUAAAGAUUCUUAAAAAUAAAUUGGAAUUUAAAAAAAGGAAAGUUUGUCUCCUUUUUCUAAAGAUCAAUCAAAAAAAGUAUCCCAAUAAGGACCUCCAUUACCAUAAUCUAGUUCAUAAAUAUAUUUAAGAAAUGUUUAAUGUCGAAGAUAAGCGGCAUCUACUUUGAGAAAUUAAUAAAAACCAAAUAAUUCCUUUUAGGAUAAGUACUUAAAUUAAAGUGCUAAUUAAGCAUAAAACAAUAGUUUUAAUAAUAAUAGUAAUUCUGCUAUAGAAGCUGAUUAAAAAUAAUAAGCAAAAGGAAUAGUUUCAGAUCUUAACUAAUUUAAGAAAUUGAUAUCACCUUAAAAUCUAACUAAAAGUUAGGCUCAAUUUGUUAAAAAUUAGCCAAUAAAAGUCUUACAGGAAUUAACAGAGAAAACUCAAUCAUAAAAACAAGUGUAAGUUUUUUUUAUUAUUUUAAAGAAAAGUCAAAGAUAAUAUUUCAUCAACUAGCUUUACCUUAGUUCAAAAACCUUCGUCAGUAAAUACAAGGACUUUUUCACCUGCUAUUAAAAGUAUAUAAUAUUUAUAAAUCAAGAUGACCCAAAAAGUAAACCUACAAAUGCUACUAAUUUAAGACAAAAAAUUAGAAAUUCUUCUCCAGGUACAAAUAAAUAUUUUAAUCUUAGGAAUAACAAAGGAUUAGGAUUAGUCUAAUUCAUUCUAAAAUAUAUCAUCAAUUUAACAAGGAAAAAAUAGUUGGAAAAUGCUUUGA